AUAUAAAUGGAGUUUGACUAUUUCAAAUGGCUGUCUCAUGCACCAUUUUCUGUUUCCACAUACUAAAAUUAGGCUUACUAGAAAUUUUACAGCAAAAAUCUUUUCCCACAAACCUUGCCAUUUUUUCAGGAUGACAAACUUCUCUCGGGCUGUCAAUGGCUUUCCUCCUCUGAGAAUCAAGAGAACUGAACACCACAUCCCCAUUUUAGUAAAUAAUAACAAAAUCCUUUUCAAUAUCAUUUAUUGGAUCCAAUUCUAAACAUCCCUUCUUCAACCAGGAGGGAUGGACAGAGAAAAACAAGAAAACUAAAAUCAACAGGCAAUCCCAUUCCCAUGUCUUCUUCAUUGAUGGCUAUCCUCCUGGUUCUUGUUUUUGCUUUUUUCUCCUGCCCCUUUACCGCCUUUUCAGCCUCCUCUGACUUCACUCCCAAAGACAAUUUCCUCAUUGAUUGUGGAGGCAAGUCCUCUUCUGCUCUUCCUGAUGGAAGAACAUUCAAAACUGAUAAGGAAUCCUCUCAAUUCUUGCAAGCUAAAGAAGACAUUCAAGUUUCAGACGAAUCAGCUAAUGUUCCUUUGCCUAUAUAUAAAACUGCUAGAGUUUUUAAACAAGAAGCAACUUACACUUUUGAUUUGGCAGAGAAAGGAUGGCAUUGGAUACGUCUCCAUUUCUUUGCAAUGUCUGUUAAGGACCAUGACUUGACGAAAGCUUCAUUCUCUGUUCAAACAGAAAAGUAUGUUCUCCUUCACAAUUUCAAACUCGAAAAUAAUAAUAAAGUUGUCCUCAAGGAGUACUUGCUCAGUGGGACAGACCCUACAUUGUCUCUCAAGUUUAUACCAAUGGAGAAUUCAGUGGCUUUUAUUAAUGCCAUUGAGGUUGUUUCUGCUCCAGAUGACUUGAUCAGUGAUGAAGGCUCCAAUCUUUUCCCCAUUAAUAAUUAUGCUGGUUUGACCAAAUUUUCAUACCAAUGUGUACACAGACUCAACAUGGGGGGACCUUUGAUCACACAACAGAAUGACACACUUGGUAGGACUUGGGUGCCUGAUAGUCCAUAUCUUAAGGAUAAAGCCUUGGCUAAGAGUGUCUCUGUUGGUUCUGAUAGCAUCAAAUAUCCUGAACUUGUCACACCAUUGAUUGCACCAGUUGCAGUGUAUUCUUCUGCUGCUGAAAUGGGAGAGUCAGCCACAACUCAACCAAAUUUCAAUGUCACAUGGAACUUUGAUGUCGACACAUCGUUUAACUAUCUGCUUCGGAUGCAUUUUUGUGACAUUAUAAGCAAAUCCAUGGAUGAUCUGUAUUUCAAUGUAUACAUUAAUGGGAAAACUGCAAUAUCUGGGUUGGAUUUGUCUACUCUCACAAAGGCUCUGGCCACUCCAUACUAUAAAGAUAUUGUAGUAAAUUCCUCACUUAUGUCCAAUGGACUCAGCAUUCAAAUUGGUCCAAUGAAUCAGAAUACUGGUACAAGAAAUGCAAUUCUAAAUGGGUUGGAGAUUAUGAAAAUGAGUAAUUCAGUAGACAGUUUGGAUGGAGAGUUUGGUGUUGAUGGUAGCACAACUGGUUCAUCCCACCGUGGUACAGUAGCUGCAGUUGGAUUUGCAAUGAUGUUUGGAGCAUUUGUUGGACUUGGUGCUAUGAUGAUUAAAUGGCACAAGAGACCCAAAGAUUGGCAAAAGAGAAAUAGCUUUUCUUCUUGGUUGCUUCCUUUGCAUACUGGUGACACAAGCUUCAUGACUAGCAAGACCUCAACCAGGAAUGGCUUAAACUCAACUUUAGGCCUAGGCAGGUACUUCUCCUUGGCAGAGUUGCAAGAAGCAACAAACAACUUUGAUAAAAGUGCAGUUAUCGGCGUUGGAGGAUUUGGCAAUGUGUAUCUUGGCGUGAUCGAUGAUGGAACCAAAGUUGCUGUCAAGAGGGGAAACCCGCAAUCUGAACAAGGUAUCACAGAGUUUGAAACAGAAAUCCAAAUGUUAUCUAAGCUCAGGCAUAGGCAUUUGGUGUCACUUAUUGGCUACUGUGAUGAGAAUUCAGAAAUGAUCCUGGUUUAUGAAUACAUGUCUAAUGGACCAUUUAGAGAUCACUUGUAUGGAAAAAAUCUGCCACCAUUGUCAUGGAAGCAAAGACUGGAGAUAUGUAUUGGUGCUGCUCGUGGACUUCACUAUCUACACACUGGAACUGCACAAGGUAUCAUUCACCGCGAUGUUAAGACCACAAACAUUUUGCUUGAUGAUCAAUUUGUUGCCAAGGUUGCAGAUUUUGGACUCUCCAAAGAUGCACCAAUGGGACAGGGUCAUGUAAGUACUGCAGUGAAGGGAAGUUUUGGGUAUCUAGACCCGGAGUACUUCAGGCGGCAACAAUUGACAGAGAAAUCAGAUGUGUACUCAUUUGGUGUGGUUCUGUUUGAGGUAUUAUGUGCAAGGCCUGCAAUUAAUCCAGCACUACCAAGAGAACAAGUAAAUUUGGCUGAUUGGGCAAUGCAAUGGAAGAGAAAAGGCUUGCUUGAAAAGGUUAUUGACCCCCAUCUCUUAGGAACUAUCAAUCCUGAAUCAAUGAAGAAGUUUGCUGAAGCUGCAGAGAAGUGUUUGGCUGAUUAUGGUGUAGACAGGCCUACAAUGGGAGAUGUAUUGUGGAACUUAGAGUAUGCUUUGCAAUUGCAAGAAGCUUUCACAAAAGGAAAAUCUGAGGAUGAUGAAUCUACUAGUGUAUCCACUGCUCACACUUCAGUCUCCGAUAAUCAUCCGGUUACUCAACCGGAGGAGAACACAGGACCGGCGCAAGUUCGGGCUAUCGAUGACCAUUCAGGAACUGCAAUGUUUGCCCAGUUUUCAGAGCUUAACGGUAGGUAAAUAAUUAUUGUGUUUGAGAGAUUGAAGAACAUGUAAAAUAGUACAACACAAAGCAAUCUUGUGGGGUAAAUUUAUACAUGUGUAGCACUAAUGGUUUGUUCUGCUUCUUCAUGAAUGGGAAACAGUUAGCAUUUUGAACGUCCAUGGAUAGCAUUUCUGAUAUACUAAUUGUACAAGAUUGUUGAAUUUUACAAUUAUUUCAAGUAGACCAUUUUGUUGUAAUUUUUUUCUCCAGUCAGUCUCUCUUGUGCCUGUGCUAAGGGGUAUAUGGUGGCACACAUUUGUAUCAAACAGAUGAAUGUUAUAUGAUGGUUGAGCUGUUUUACUAGAGUAGAAAAUAUGCAGAUUUGAUG